GCGCUAUACCAAAUUGUGCGAUAAAAAUAAAUUGAUAAUCAUGGCAUCCAAAAAGGGUGGCAAAAAAGGCUCGAAAAAGUCAGAAAAGGUAGUGGAAGAAGCACCUCCACCGGCGGAAGAGAAAAAAGAAGAAACACCAGAAGAUAAUGCAGAUGAAAAACAGCAGGAUCUGUCCCCAUCAGAGGAACAGGAACCUGUGAAAGUACCAACUCCGCCACCAGAAUACGACGAGCCAACUCUUGCUGAAUUAAUCGUAGAACACUAUGAAGGAGAGAAGGUACGUGGUCUCUACCAAGAUAAUGAAGGCAUAGCUGCUUUUAGUGGUGGACAUCAUUACAAGGGUCAGUUCUCGCAAGGAUUGAUGCAUGGCAAGGGUAAAUAUCAGUGGGCAGAUAAAGUCAAAUAUGAGGGGGAUUUCAACAUGAAUGGAAUAACAGGUAAAGGUACUUAUACAUGGCCCGAUGAUAGCACGUAUGAAGGAGAGGUUGAGAAGGGUCGUCGCCAUGGUCACGGGACAUUCCGCUGCAUGUCCUCGCCCUCUUCUUACACAGGACAGUGGCAUCAAGGACAGAGGCAUGGUACAGGUAUCAUUCGCUAUGACACUGAUGGACUCUCGUUUUAUGAGGGAGACUGGGUCAACAACAAACGCCAGGGGUACGGUGUUAGGCGUUACCGAUCAGGCAACGUCUACGAAGGAGAGUGGUCAAAUAACAACAGACAUGGCCAAGGGAUGAUGAGAUGGGUAGACCUCAAUCAAUCUUACAAUGGACAAUGGGAUAAUGGUGUUCAGCAUGGUCAUGGAGAACACACAUGGUACCUCAAGCGUCUUCCCGGUUCACAGUAUCCAUUACGCAAUCAGUACAUUGGGGACUUUGUUUACGGUAAACGUCAUGGUUACGGUGUAUUCCUCUACGCGAAUGGGGCAAAGUACGAAGGAGAAUGGAUGAAUGAUAAGAAGAGUGGUAGGGGUGUUUUCACCUUCAAGAAUGGACGUAUCUUUGAUGGGAUCUUUGUGGACGAUAGAAUGGCAGAGUACCCUCAAUUCACGAUGGAUGGGACUAAUACUCCAGACCUGUCAGGUAUCAGGACCAGGACCCCAGACCCAGCAGGUCCAGAACAACCAGUGGGAGAUCUGACAGCGAGGACCGACGAGAGUCGCAAUACUCUUGGUCCAUCUUUGACCCUUGACCUUCAGCAUUUGCUAAAUGAAUUCAGUUCUGAGGAGAAAGAAGAUGAAUUGCAACAGGUUAUGUUUGUGAUUCUGCGUCACAUGAGUGCAUUGAAGAAGGUGUACUCCUACUAUAGCGGUCUUGGCCACGAUGCAUCACCUGAUAAUACCUUCAUCAUGACGAGGCUUCAGUUCUGGAGAUUCCUCAAAGAUUCCCGUCUUCAUCAUCUUGAUGCAACGCUAGCUGAGAUGGAUAGAAUACUUGCUGCAGACAAGACAUCAACUGACAUCCAUUCUCCCUUGGACAAGCUUCUGAUGAGAGAAUUUCUGAAUCACAUCAUCACACUGUCAUACCAUCUCUACAAGGAUCAAUACGAAUCUGGAUCUGGUCCUGUCCUAGCCUGGUGUCUGUCUAAGACCAUCACAGAGAACAUAGUACCAUUUGGAUGUGAUGUCCAGGGUAACUUCCUGUACGACGAGGCCCACGCUGUCAAUGCACUGGGGUAUAUGGACAGAUGCUAUGAGGUCUAUCAGGAUAUCAGCAAACCUUCCAAGUACAAGCCAUAUGAUUCAGUUCUGAAGAUGAGAGAGUUUCUGUAUACUAUGAACGAGUAUGGUUUAGUGAACGACAACCUGACAGCUCGGCGCAUCUUGGAGAUCUUAUCCUGUGAUGAUCCCGCUGCGUACGACUCUAAAGACUGUAAUCUUGAACUUGAGAUGACCUUCCUGGACUUCUUUGAAGCAGUGAUAGGUUGUGCGAUGUACUAUGUCACAGAGGAGGUGAUCAAAGACCCUACGACCCCUAGACCUAGCACUGUUAUCUCCAAUCACACUCAUACUAGCUACAGCUCAACAACGCAUGGGUCAACAUCAAGAACAAGUCACCACAAUGACGAUGGGGAUGAAACUGCCUCACCCCGUACAUCUAACUAUGGUUCUCCUCCGCUACGAGCGAUGUCAUCAUCAGAGGUCGUGAGGAAGGCAUCAGAUGGUAAAGUAGAGGCACAUGGGUCUAUUGCUGCUGUCACUGAGAGCAUGCACACUGAACAGCCUCCAGAGGGCAGCACACUAGGUGUCAAUAAUAAAACUGUUAAAUCAGAUGUAGGUACCGAGGCAGGUAAAGGUGUUUCUGUGGCAUCAUUACAAGCCGGUGAAAACCCAAGCAGUGAUAGUCAUACCCACCUAUUACAAUCUGUGUUAUCAAUGGGUGCUGAAGAGACACAGCAACAAGAACCACAAGUUGAGGAAAUGGAGGAAGAGAUGGAUGAGGAGACGAGAAGGUUCAACUUCUGGACGCAUCAAAUCAACAUCUUCUUCUUACGGAAGCUCUUCCCAGCUCAUGAACACAUGAGAGAUGUCCAGAGCAAGAGAAUCACAGUCAGAGAAGAAAAGAAGCUGGCAUGCCUCCAGGCUGAGCGGGAACGCGAGGAACGGCUAAAGAAGAUUCAAGCUCUUCGUGAAGCAGAAAAGCAAGCCGAAGAAGCACGAGCCCUGGCUCUAGCUGCCGCAGCAUCCGAGACAGGGGCUGGUAACGAGACUAUAGAUGGGUCAAUCAGUGAAGAGAGAGUUGAAAGGUCAAAGUCAAAUAGUUCCACCAAGGGAAAAUAACUGUCUUUUACUCAUUUGGUAAUACCGCAGUCACAUUCUCUCUACAGCGUCUGCACGGCGAGUCAAAAACAGCAAUUUUAUUCAUUUUUAUUCAAACCACCUCUUGUAGCUGGUACAAAAAAUUGCUAUUUUUGGCUCGCCGUACGGUCGGCGUACAGAAAAUGUGACUGUAGGUCGUCAAGUCCACUCCAGCAACAAUUUGAUUUGAAUAAAGAAAUAAAUAAGUCAGUAUACAAAUAGGCAUGAGUGUGAGAUUUCGCACAAGAUUUCGCACAAGAUGAAAGAAAGAUGCUCUCUUCAAAGAGGCCUUAGCCGAGUUGAAUAAAGUGCCUCUUUCUUUCACCGAAUGGCAUUCAUAUUUCUUCAACAAUACCGCAAGGGUAACACAGCAACUGCUGCGUGAUGCCUGCCUAUGAAAAAAAUUGUAGGCAGACCGGGUGUGAAUAAAACCCACAACCUCUUGAUUACGAGACCAGUGUCAUAACCACUAGACCACAGGAGUGCCCUAUAGUGAUCUGCAUUCAAGCUAUCCCAUGUAUAUUAGAUAUCAAAUCAAUAGAAUCAUCGUUGGAUGGUAAAGCUAAAUGAUAAGCUUUUCAUAUUUCUCCAACAAUACCGUGAGGGUAACACAGCAACUGCUGCAUCACGCAGAAGCUUAACCCUUGAGGUAUUGUUUAAGAAAUAUGAAUAACUAAAGAUCUUUCAUUGAUCAAUAGGACUGCAUUUCAAUUGCAAUACACGUGUAGCUUUAAAAAAUGUGAAGACCUUAUUGUCAGUAGCCAUCCUGAAUCCUCGUAAAAUGAGUAAAAUAUGGUCUGGCAAUAGGUACACAAGAACUAUUUAAAAAGUCUAACUAAAGGGCAUUUUCAUCACAUUAUUAACCAUUUCGUUAAUCCCCCAGUUCUUUUCCAUUUUCACAACUGCUCCAGCUGUGAUAUUUUAGAGCAUUACAACUCUUCAUGAGCACACAUACUUUACUCUGUAGCCUUCUAGCGGUUGGCACAUGAACUUACAGGUUUUUACCCAAUUUAAAUUUGUUUUUCUGUGAAUAUUGAACAUUGUGUUGAAAAUUAUUCUGUACUGUAUAUAGUGUAAAAAAGUAUAUAUGUGUAUAUAUUUAUAAAUGUGUCUUUAUAAUUAUUGCCUUAUUUCAUUCAGAUAUUUCACCUUGAUAAUCCAAUGUAUUCCAAAGGAACUGAAGUUUAAAAAACCUUUUGAAAAUUGCUUUUAAUUGCUUCGAGGAAUGCACAUUUUUAGAGCUCUAUCAGUUUGUAACAUUUUCUAUAUUUCCAUUUUGAUGAAUGAACAUGUUAUGAUGUCCUCUCAGAAAUGGCUAAUUCUUUUGAAUAUCAAUGAUGAUGUAUUCCAAACACUAUACAUGGGCCCAUUUCAAAAAGGACUUUUAAAUGUAGUAACUUUGCUGUUAUGGUAACUACAAUAACAGGACUUGGUAGCCAAUAAAAAUCAAGGUUUCGAUUCCUACCGCCAUGUUUCCAUGGUAAUUACCAUUAUAGCAAAGUUACAAGAAUCAUAAAUGCACGUCCUUUUCUGAAACUUUUCCCUAUUAUGCACUUGAAGGGUAACCCAAGAUAUGAGGGUGUACAUCUACAUGUACUCAAGUGAUACAAUCAAUUAAAAAACAUACAUAUAACGAGAUUUUAUCCAUCCAAUAAU